AUGUUGAAAACUGGACGGAAGGACAGAGCGCCGGUAGUUCAGUGGGAAAGAAGAGUUGGUCUCAGGAGUGACACAAAUAUGAAGCAAUCGAUGGACCGAUUGGGCGAUGAUUUGUGUCAACACUUAUUGUCUUACCUAUCGCUCGAAGACCGGUUCCGAUGUGAAUGUGUGUCCAAACAGUGGCAGCGAUUGAUAUACACGACCGUAACGGAGAUAACUCACGAGGACUUGGACUCCAAUGAGUUGACUAUAACUGAGAAGACGUUGGACUCAAUACUCAAGAAAUGCCAAAACGUGAAGACAUUAGUCGUGAACCGCAAACACAACCCGUGGUUGGACUCAAUCACCAAACGGUGCACUCAUUUGAAUGCCAUUCAUAUGACACUCAAUGAUAGCGUAAGCGUUGAGUCAAUUGAGAGGUUUUUCCGACACUUUGGCCGACAGUUAAGUGCAGUGAAUGUGUUAGUGUUGACCGAAAAUGACGACUUGAUGUCCACCACGAGUGCGGGUCUGAAACGGUGUCCAAACAUAAGCCGUCUUAUAGUGAAUGAGUGCGAGAAUGGGAUCAAUGUUUUGCGGCUAUUAUGCGGCGAUAAUGGGAAUGAGGUUUCGUUCGCAAGACUACAGAAAAUACACAUUUAUUUCGAUACAGAAAACGUCAACCAUUUCGAGACGUUUGCCAAAAGCUAUAGAAAUACUGUGAAAGCGAUUGAUGUGUUCGUCGAUGACUUCAACACCGAUGACAAGUGUAUUGAUAUACUGAUGACUGGUUUGUCGCGAAUGUCGGCUUUGGUCGACUUGAAAGUCACGUUUAAACCCGAUUUCAGUGUUUUUCUAAACCAUUUGAAACAAAUUGGCGUCAAUUGUCUGAACCUCAAGAGUGUGUCUCUGGUUAUCGAUAUCGAUAGCAAUGAAAACUUAAGUGAAUUAAUGAAAACAAUUAAUGAAAACUUGAAACAAUUAAAACGACUCCAAAUUAGCGGCAAUUUUCCCGAAGAGUUUGCGUUAACGAGUGAAUCACUGCAUCGAUUGAAACGAUUAACUCAUCUCACGAUAAAUACCCCCAAAAAUGACGACCUAUUCCUUGUGGGCAUCGAUCGACACCUACCGGCCCUCCAGAGCCUACAUAUAAGAUACGCCAAAAUCACGAAACCGGCGCUCAAUUCAUUGUCUCGUUUACCGAAACUACAGACUAUUAUCAUGUGUGACAUAACGGGCUAUACGAGCAAAACGGUUGUCCAGCGGUUGAACGACAUGUGCCCUAAACUCCGGUCUAUUACUAUUAAACAGCGUAACCCUAAGUGGGAACUCAUAAACAGCAAAUUGGAUCAACUGUUAGCUUACUUACAGGCGCUGCCCGAUGGGGACGGGGGUGAGGGAGAAGUGUAUAACCAGUGUAUGAUUCAAAGCGAUGAUCUCAUUAAGGUUAGGCUAGUUUUGGCCACAUUGAGAAUCAAACCACUUGGACAAUCGGUGGCCACCACUCAGAUCACGGAACAAAUUCAGGUGAUAAUCACCGCAUUCAUGACGAACCCUAUGAUCAACACUUCGGCCAAUACUAGUGAACACAACUCCGUCCAAACGGAUCCAUUGAUCAUUGGAUUCCAGUUUAAGGCCAACAACCACACGGGAAAGGCUACUGAACUGUCCGAAGCUCUGGUAGGACUGGUCUCUUCCUUGGCCACACCUCUCGACCAGAUCUCGGUGUUGGCGAAGAAUGGAAAUUGA